GGAUCCAUAGUAGCCAACGUCAGCGCUUGGCCGGAGAAUUGCGGCGGUAGUGGCGGGGGCGGGAUCGGCGCGUCGGUGCCAGUGAGACGCAGUUUGGCCGCCACGCCCUCUUCCGAGUACAUCCACUCGACGAACUUGUACCCCGCAAUACCGAGCAGUAACAGCACGUACGAGUGGUCUAGAGUCGCCCAAGUCGCACGAAGCGCCAGCCUCCGAGCCCUGUCGAACAGCCCCGACCCGCCCAACUUCUCCAUCAGCUUCUCCCGAUAAUUGGAUUCAUUCUGCCGGAACGCCGACUCGUCGUCUGCAGUGACCCGCACGAGCACCGUCUUCAUGCAGCGCAGGAACGGCGAGAAGUACGGCGUGUCUCCGAAGAGGUACAGCCACUGGUACAGGAAGAAAGACCCUUCGUACGCGAAGUGCGCGAACGGGCGGCGCACGGGCAGCGCCAGCGCCAGCCGCGGGUACGACUCGCACAGCGCGUGCGCCAGGUACUCGACCGCCGGCUUGAAGCCCGCGGCCAUGCGCUCCUGCAUCAGCAGCUCGAACAGCGACGGCGCCUUGGCGGCGUCGGGCGCGCCGCCCUCGUCCCCGGCGAAGCCCUGCGUCUGCUCCAGGAACAGCAUCACGUUGACGCACGCCAUGGUUAUGCUGCUGCGCCGCGCCGCCCCCUCGUCCCGCCGCCUCUUCAGCACGCGCGUGGCCGACACCGACGUGGUGAUCGCCAGCUACGCGCGUACGCCCAUCGCGUGCUUCAACGGCUCGUUCGCGCCGCUCUCGGGCCCAGAACUGGGCGCCGUCGCCAACGCUGAGGCCGUCAGGCGCGCGGGGCUCGAGCCCGCGCAGAUCCAGGAGGCGUUCCUGGGCAACGUGGUGAGCGCCGGCAUCGGCCAGGCGCCGGCGCGCCAGUCCGUGCUCAAGGCGGGCUUCCCGGACUUCAUCCCGUGCACGACCGUCAACAAGGUGUGCGCGUCCGGCAUGAAGGCGUUGGCCAUCGGUGCGCAGAGCCUGCGGAGUGGCAGCCAGCAGGUCGUGCUGGCCGGCGGCUUCGAGAGCAUGACCAACGUGCCGCACUACCUGCCCAAGGCGCGCGCGGGCUACCGCCUGGGCAACGGCACGCUAGUGGACGGCGUGAUCCACGACGGGCUCUGGGACCCGUACAACAACCAGCACAUGGGCAUGUGCGGCGAGAAGUGCGCCGAGGACUUCGGCUUCUCCCGCGAGGCCCAGGAUGCCUUCGCCAUCGAGAGCUACCGCCGCGCCAUCGACGCCAGCGAGCGCGGCUUCUUCAAGGCGGAGAUCACGCCCGUGACCGUCAAGGGCCGCCGCGGCGACCAGGUCUUCGACAAGGACGAGGAGAUGUUCAACACCAAGACGGACAAGAUCCCGACGCUGCGCUCCGCCUUCAAGAAGAACGGCACCAUCACGGCUGCCAACGCGUCCACGCUGAACGACGGCGCGGCCGCGAUGGUGCUCAUGACGGGAGCCAAGGCCCGCGAGCUCGGCGUGACGCCGCUCGCGCGUAUCCGUGGCUUCGCCGACGCUGCGCAGGACCCGGUGCAGUUCACUAUCGCCCCCUCCAAGGCCGUGCCGCUGGCACUGCACCACGCCGGCCUGCAGGCCAGCGACGUCGACUACCACGAGAUCAACGAGGCCUUCUCGGUCGUGGCGCUGGCCAACAUGCGUCUCAUGAACAUCCCGCACGACCGCGUCAACGUCAACGGCGGCGCCGUCGCGAUCGGCCACCCGAUUGGCGUCUCCGGCGCGCGCAUCGUGGGCACCCUCAUCCACAUUCUCAAGGAGAAGGAUGCAACUAUCGGCUGCGCGUCCAUCUGCAACGGUGGCGGUGGCGCCGGCGCCAUGGUCAUUGAGCGCUUGAACUAG